AGGGCCCGUUCUCCGGCCGGAACCUGCGGCCGCGGUCUCCGUGACGUCAUCACCCCGCGCCGACGCAGGAAGUAACGGCGCGCUGGGCGCAGUUUCUCCUCAGGCUCCGGACCGGCGGCGGCGACGGCGCAGGGAGCCUCCUCCAAUGGGUGAUGAAAAGGACUCCUGGAAAGUGAAGACCUUGGAUGAGAUCCUCCAGGAGAAGAAGCGCCGGAAGGAGCAGGAGGAGAAGGCGGAGAUCAAGCGCCUGAAAAACUCUGAUGACCGCGACUCCAAGCGGGAUUCCCUGGAGGAGGGGGAGCUGAGGGACCACCGCAUGGAGAUCACCAUCCGGAACUCGCCCUACAGGAGGGAGGACUCCAUGGAGGACCGAGGAGAGGAAGACGACUCUUUGGCUAUCAAACCACCCCAGCAAAUGUCCCGGAAAGAAAAAGCUCAUCACAGGAAAGAUGAGAAGAGAAAAGAGAAACGUAGGCAUCGUAGUCAUUCAGCAGAAGGGGGCAAGCACGCCAGAGUGAAGGAGAAGGAGCGAGAGCAUGAGCGGCGGAAGCGGCACCGAGAGGAGCAAGACAAGGCACGCCGGGAGUGGGAGAGGCAGAAGAGGCGGGAGAUGGCCAGAGAGCACUCCAGGAGAGAGAGCAGGCCUGCCUCCGUGUCCCAGCUCUUCAUUCGGCUGUGCUAUUGGGGUGCCUCCUCCGGACGUGCUUGCGCACACGUUCUGCCUUUAAGACGCUCUGCACAGAUGGAACAACUUACAAACCUGAGCGGAAGCACAGGCGGGAGGGUAAAAACCCCCUUCCUGGGGAAGGAGCUGGCACGUGCCUGUUGCAGGGACCGUCUGGAGCAGCUGGAAAGGAAGCGGGAGCGGGAGCGCAAGCUGCGGGAGCAGCAGAAGGAGCAGCGGGAGCAGAAGGAGCGGGAGCGGCGCGCGGAGGAGCGGCGCAAGGAGCGGGAGGCCCGCAGGGAAGUUUCUGCGCAUCACCGAGCCAUGCGCGAGGACUACGGCGAUAAAGUGAAGGCCAGCCACUGGAGCCGCAGCCCGCCCCGGCCCCCGCGGGAGAGGUUUGAGCUGGGAGACGGCCGGAAGCCAGUGAAAGAAGAGAAGAUGGAAGAGAGAGACCUGCUGUCUGACCUACAAGACAUCAGCGACAACGAGCGGAAGACCAGCUCGGCCGAGUCCUCCUCAGCGGAAUCAGGGUCAGGCUCUGAGGAGGAGGAGGAGGAGGAGGAGGAGGAGGAGGAGGAGGAGGAGGGGAGCAGCAGUGAAGAAUCGGAGGAGGAGGAGGAGGAAGAGGAGGAGGAGGAGGAAGAGGAGGAGACCGGGAGCAACUCUGAGGACGCGUCUGGACAGUCGGCAGAGGAGGUGAGUGAGGAAGAAAUGAGUGAAGACGAAGAGCGAGAGGCUGAGAACCACAUCCUCGUUGUUCCAGAGUCACGAUUCGACCGAGAUUCCGCGGACAGCGAAGAAGGGGAGGAAGAGGUGGGCGAGGGCACCCCCCAUAGCACCGCCCUGACCGAAGGCGAGUUCGUGCCCGAAUCCCCAGCCCUGUCACCCAUCGAGCUCAAGCAGGAGCUGCCCAAGUACCUGCCCGCCCUGCAGGGCUGCCGCAGUGUGGAGGAGUUCCAGUGCCUGAACAGGAUUGAGGAGGGCACCUAUGGGGUGGUGUACCGAGCAAAGGACAAGAAGACAGAUGAGAUUGUGGCUCUGAAGCGGCUGAAGAUGGAGAAAGAGAAGGAGGGCUUUCCGAUCACGUCGCUGAGGGAGAUCAACACCAUUCUCAAGGCGCAGCACCCCAACAUCGUGACGGUCAGGGAGAUUGUCGUGGGCAGCAACAUGGACAAGAUUUACAUUGUGAUGAACUAUGUGGAGCACGACCUCAAGAGCCUGAUGGAGACCAUGAAGCAGCCGUUCCUGCCAGGGGAGGUGAAGACGCUGAUGAUCCAGCUGCUGUGUGGAGUGAAGCACCUGCAUGACAACUGGAUCCUGCACCGCGACCUCAAGACCUCCAACCUGCUGCUGAGCCACGCCGGCAUCCUCAAGGUGGGGGACUUCGGGCUGGCACGUGAGUAUGGGUCUCCUCUGAAGGCCUACACCCCUGUCGUCGUGACCUUGUGGUACCGCGCCCCAGAGCUGCUGCUGGGGGCCAAGGAGUAUUCCACGGCCGUGGACAUGUGGUCCGUGGGCUGCAUCUUUGGGGAGCUGCUGACGCAGAAGCCACUGUUCCCCGGGAAGUCAGAGAUUGAUCAGAUCAACAAAGUGUUUAAGGACCUGGGGACGCCCAGUGAGAAGAUCUGGCCGGGCUACAACGAGCUGCCCGCCGUGAAGAAGAUGACCUUCACCGAGUACCCCUACAACAACCUGCGCAAGCGCUUCGGGGCGCUGCUCUCCGACCAGGGCUUCGACCUCAUGAACAAGUUCCUGACCUACUUUCCUGGGCGGAGGGUCAGCGCUGAGGACGGCCUCAAGCACGAGUAUUUUCGCGAGACCCCCCUCCCCAUCGACCCCUCGAUGUUCCCCACGUGGCCCGCCAAGAGCGAGCAGCAGAGGGUGAAGCGUGGCACCAGCCCGAGACCCCCCGAGGGAGGCCUCGGCUACAGCCAGCUGGGUGACGACGACCUGAAGGAGACCGGCUUCCACCUCACCACCACCAACCAGGGGGCCUCGGCCGCAGGCCCUGGCUUCAGCCUCAAGUUCUGAGGUUCAGCGUGGACCCCAGAAACGGCGGGACCAGGGGCAGGAGCGGCGACAGCCUGUGGCCAGACCCGCGUCCCGCCCAGAUGACAGGCUGCUGCGGCCUGGGCUGCCGCGAAGGGGCCUCAAGUCGAACUGCUGGGCUCGUUUUCCAUGUUUCGUUUGUCUUGGCUUGUAAAUUUGUAGAAUUAAAUCUUAUUUCCUUGUGGAAGAAAA